AUGAAUGAUGAACGCAUCGUCCUGACGCAAGACAAAGGACAAUCAUACACAGCACAGCUUCUAUACCUAAUAGUCGCAGGAUAUAUUGCUCACACUGUAUACUAUGCAUAUUGGGGUCCUACUGCUCGAAUCCAAGGGCCAUGGCUGGCGCGGUUCACCAGACUAUGGGAGUUGUUGAAAGUGAGCAAGGGCCAUUUCGAACAGGUCAACAUAGAUCUACACAAGAAAUACGGCCCCAUUGUUCGCAUCUCACCUAACACGUUCAGUAUCAGUGACCCAUCUGCCAUCAAGCAGAUAUAUCUGGGGAGAACCACACUCAUGAAGUCAAAGUUCUAUGAACCAUUCGGCGACCCAUUGGAUCCAAACUUAUUCUCUGAGACCGACAUUAAGAAGCACGCACAGAGUAGGAAGGCAGUGGCUCAUCUUUACUCUAUGUCGUUUUUGGUCACCUAUGAAGGGUCUGCCGAUCGUUGUAAUGUGCAAUUAUGUGCGAAGCUUCGCGACUUCGCGCGACACAGGACAGCAUUUGAUGUCCCCACUUGGAUGCAAUUUUAUGCCCAUGAUGUGAUUGGAGAGAUCACGUUCGGUGAGCCCUUCGGCAUGAUGGCAAAAGGCCAGGACGAGCACGGGAUUGCGGACAGCAUUGACGAAACCAUAGCGUACGCCUCUCGGAUGGCUGUUAUUCCAGAACUACAUAGAUGGGUAUCCUGGUUUGGAAGAGUUGCACACUUGAAAACUCCGUUCCAUAAUAUCCAGAAGUAUAUAUUGGAGCAGAUUGACUCGAGGUCAGGAAGCGAUAGUGUUGGGAUUGAUUUUUUGAAAAAAUUGCUCACACUUAGAGAAGAUGAUAAAAUCACGCAACUUGAUAUCGAGAAAACUGUGGGCAAUAAUAUCAUGGCCGGAGCUGACACUACUGCUAUAUCUCUAAGUGCGGUUAUCUAUAGCUUGCUCAAGAAUCCAGGAACGGAGACAAAGCUGCGGGAGGAUAUUGAUACUUUGGCUGCUGCAGGCAAGCUGUCAAAUCCGGUUACCUUUGAACAAGCUCGGCAUAUGCCAUAUCUGCAGGCUUGUAUCAAGGAAGCUCUAAGAGUGCAUCCCGCCGUUGGUCGACCCUUGCUGCGCGUGGUGUCUCCUGAGGGAUUGACUAUAGCGGGCCAGUACUUUCCAGGUAGAUUUCAAGGCAAUAGUAGGUAUCAAUGCCUGGUGGCUCACUACAACGAAGACAUAUUCGGGCGCGACGCCACGACGUUUCGACCGGAGCGAUGGCUUGAGUCGGACAAAGAGAAGCUAUCUGUUAUGGAACAGAGUCUUUUAGCAUUUGGCGCCGGUGUCCGCACCUGUAUAGGGAAGAAUCUAAGCAUGUUGGAGAUGUCGAAGGUUAUCCCUGAGUUGUACCGUCAGUUCGAGUUUGAACUUUCUGAGUCGGAAGGAGCAUGGAUGACGUGGAAUAAUUGGUUUGUGAAGCCCGCAUUCGAAUGUUACGUGAGAUUGCGCGAGGGUGUUUAA